AUGGGAGUUUUCAACAUCACUCUAGAACCUAGUAGGUCGAAGGAUGGCGGCGACAAGACGCACGCCCCGCACAAGGGCGGGGACUGCAGCGGCGGCGCCGCCGCCGCGCCAGAACUCGAGAGUGCUCUACGGAAGGCGGGCAGGCGGUUGAUACCUUUGACAAUGCUGAUAGCCAUUACCAAUCACAUGGACCGCUCCAACCUGGCCUACGCCGCGCUGUCCUUCAACCGGGACAACGGCUUCAGCGGCAAGGUCUACUCCAUUGGCACGGCCUGCUUCUACGCCAGCUUCAUGGUCAUGAUGCUGCCCUCAAACCUGGUGAUGGCCCGCGUGGGCGCCCGCCUCUGGCUCGCCUUCCUGCUCUGCGCCUGGGGCGCCGUCGCGGCCUGCUUUGCGCUCAUCACCACCCCGCGCAGCUUCUACCUCCUGCGCGCGCUGCUGGGCGCAUUCGAGGCCGGCGCGUUCCCGGCGAUGUGGCACACGCUGUCAGUGUUUUUUCCACGCAGCAGGAUCACCAAGCCGUUUGCAUUUCUGACAAUCGGCACGAUGGUUGCCAACAUGAUUGGUGCGCCAAUCGCUGCCGGCCUGCUGGCCAUGGACGGCAUCAGGCGGCUCAAGGGCUGGCAGUGGCUGUUCCUGGUGGAGGGCAUGCCCUCAGUCAUCCUGGGCAUCCUCGUCUUCCUCAUCCUCCCCUCAUCCAUACCUUCCGCCAAAUUCUUGACCCCCGUCGAGCGCGUCGCGCUGUCCCUGGAGCACGCGCGGGACCACGCCCCAGGGCCGGCCGCGGGCGACCUGAGGGGCGCGCUGGCGCUGCUGCGGCUGAUGGCGGGCAACUGGCGGCUGUGGAUGGCGUUCCUAGCGGGGGCGCUGUCGUCGGUGGCGUCACACACGUACCUCACAUACACGCCUAUCAUCAUCAACGCACUGCUCAGUGGCAAGGCCCUGACAAACCAGGUCAGCGUGGCGGCCGACAAGGGCAGCAAGUCCCUGCUGCCCGUCGCCCUCGCCGUGGUCCCCUACACCCUCGCCUCCCUCGCGGCCUACGCCGUCGCCCACAGCGCGCAGCGGCGCAACGAGCACUUCUUCCACGUGUCCCUGUGCCUGCUGCUCAGCGGGACGCUGCUCGCGCUGUUCCCAGUCAUGGCGGGCGCCAGCGUGGCCGGCGGGUUCGCGUCGCUGACGCUGUCGCUGGCGAUGGGCGCGGCGGCGAACGGGCCGGCGACGGCGCUGGUGGCGCGGCUGUGCAAGGGGCCGGAGCAGGUUGUGGCGAUGCCGGUCUUCAGCAGCUUUGCGGUGCUGGGCGGGGUCGCGGGCCCGCUGAUGGCUGGCGCCAUCAUCAACACACUGGGCGGCUUCACGUGGCUCACCGUAAUCAUGGGGCUGCUCCUGGUGGCCACGGGGGCGCUGAUCUUCGCACUGCGCUUCCUCGUGAUCGCCACGGGUGGCGUGCCCGCCGACCGCGCCGCACCGCGCGCGCCCGUCGGCGCGGGCGCCCGCACAGACGACCCCGAGGCAGUCCCGCGGUCGCCGUCGGCAUCGUCGACGGGGAACAGCGUGUGCGUUGUGCUGGGCGGCGACGCGGCGGCGGCGCCAAAGGCCGGGGGCGCUGCCGUGUGA